AGCAUGUCAGUACUUUGCUCAAACCUGUAGUUACUAUUACCGAUGGCUGAAUAGGUCCAGCAGUCUUCACUUGGCUUCUUCUUUUGCUAUCAGAGCUGCCAUCUGCUUCUCGGGCUUCUUCCACUUACGGGGGACCAUGAGGAGGGUGUUCUUCUGCAGCUUCAUUCUUUGCUGGCUCCUGGAAGAGAGCCAUGGCAUCAUCAGGAGGUACUACAUUGGAGCAGUGGAGACAGACUGGGAUUACGCUGCUGGCAACCAGAAGGGGGUGCCCUCCUCUAGCACCAGUACUCGGUACAAGAAGGUCAUAUUUAUGGAAUAUGCAGAUUCGACGUUCACACAAGCAAAGCCCAAGCCUGCCUGGAUGGGUCUUUUGGGCCCCACCAUCCAAGCAGAAGUUCAUGACACAGUAGUUGUCACUUUUAAAAACCUGGCUUCCCACCCUUUCAGCAUUCAUGCUAUUGGCGUGUCCUACUGGAAAUCUUCAGAGGGGGCAGGUUAUGAUGAUCAGACCAGCUCAAUGGAGAAAGAAGAUGAUGCAGUAGGCUCCGGCCAGACCCACACUUACGUGUGGGAAAUCUUUGAAGCUGAUGGUCCGACCGACAGUGACCCCCAGUGUUUGACCUAUGCGUAUUCUUCCCGUGUCAACAGCAUUAAGGACACCAACUCUGGCCUCAUUGGGGCGCUGCUAGUUUGCCAGCCAGGGACCCUGACGAAUGAAGGAACCCAGAGCCGGUUGCAACAAUUUGUGCUGCUUUUCUCAGUCUUCGACGAAGGUAAAAGUUGGUACUCUGAAGCCAACAUCCUGAGAACUAACCGGACUCAGUUACACACUAUCAACGGAUACAUAAAUUCCUCCUUGCCUGAUCUAAAAGUAUGCCAGAAGAAACCAGUCUUCUGGCACGUCAUAGGCCUAGGUACCAGCCCAGAAGUCCACUCCAUUUUCUUUGAGAGCCACACUUUCUUGGUAAGGCAUCACCGACACGACACUCUGGAUAUCUCUCCAUUCACUCUCUUCACUGCAGAGACGAUGCCCAGCACCAAUGGCACGUUUCGAAUGUUCUGUCAGAUACCAUCUCACCAGCAAGCUGGCAUGGAGACUUAUGUCAAGGUGGAAUUCUGCCCAGAGGAGCUUGCGAAGAAGAUGCGGCUGGCAGAACAUGCUGCCCGUGAGGUUUAUGAUAGCUAUGAUGAUGAGGAAGAUACGGAAAGUGUCGUCAUCAGCAUGGACGUGGAGGAUUCUGCCCCCAGGAUCAAUAUCCGGAGCUUUGCCAAGCAGCGGCCUGUCACCUGGACGCAUUUCAUUGCAGCCGAGGAGAUCGAGUGGGACUAUGCCCCGGUCCAGCCCACGUACCUGAACAGCACUUACAGCAGGCAGCUCCUGGAACGAGGCCCACAGAGGAUCGGCUCCAGGUAUAAGAAAGUGAUGUAUGUGGAAUAUGAGGAUCAACAUUUCAAGAAGCGGAAGACGCCCCGAGAUCCUCAGAUGGGGAUUCUGGGGCCUGUCCUCAAGGGAGAAGUUGGAGAUGAACUUAAGAUCGUGUUCAAGAAUCUAGCCAGUCGGAUAUACAACAUUUACCCCCAUGGCCUCUCCAGUGUCUCUUCCUCCCAAAAAACCAAAUCUACAGAUAUGAAACGCUUGGCCAUUCAACCUGGCCAGCAGAUCGAGUACCGGUGGAAUAUAAUGCCUGAAGACGGCCCAACCAAAUCUGAUGCCCGCUGCCUAACUCGUUUCUAUUAUAGCUCCCUCAAGCCUGCGCGGGACUUAGCCUCUGGACUUAUUGGACCCCUGCUGAUCUGUUCCAAAGAAACCAUGGACCAACGGGGAAAUCAGAUAAUGUUAGAUGAAGCAAAAUUUGUGCUCUUUUCGGUCUUUGACGAAAACCGGAGCUGGUACUUGAAGAAGAAUAUCAAUGAGUUCUGUACUGAUGCCGCCAAUAUCAACCUGAAGGAUCCAGAGUUCUAUGCUUCCAACGUCAUGCACAGUAUUAAUGGCUACGUCUUUGAUAACCUCCAUCUGGAGCUUUGCUUGAAUAAAGUGGUAUAUUGGUAUGUGCUGAGCGUGGGGGCUCAAACAGAGUUCCUGUCUGUUUUCUUCUCUGGGAAUAUUUUUAAGUACAACACGGUCUUUGAGGAGACGCUCACGCUCUUUCCACACUCCGGGGAGACGGUCUUCAUGGUCAUGGAGAAUCCAGGUGUCUGGAUGUUGGGAUGCCUGAACCCUGAAUUUAGAAAAAGAGGAAUGAGAGCAAAAUUCACCAUUUCCAAGUGCAUCGAGGAGAUGGAUAUUCAUGGAGACUAUUACAAUGAGUACGAUGCGACAGACGAUUACAACACAGUUGAAUACAAUGAACUGCAGCCCAGAGGCUUCUCCAAGAAAAAAAGGCGACCCAAACCGUGCAUAAAGAAGCAUCAAGACAACAACACCACCUUCUCUUUGGAAAAUGAAACGCAGGAGACCAACCACAACUGGCCUCCAUGUGAACCCUCCCAACUUCUCAUGUUGCACAGCAGAGAGAAUUCUACCAGACCCAUAUUGACUCCAGAAGAACCCCUGUCCUUAGAUAACAUUUAUUCACCUCCUCCCCAAGAUCCCCUCUUUAAGGCUUUGCCCAGUGAUGCCCUUCCAACAGAAGGACUGUCAGCCCUGCAACGUUUCCAAGGUGCUUCUCUUUCAGGAACCUCAUUUGUCCAUGAAAAGGCACACCAUAAUGAGAGUUCAAUAGAGACCGUGGCUAAUCUGGAUGCUGAGCCUGCUGUCCUCAAAAUGUCUAAGCCAACGCAAGAAGUUGGAAUAGAUCGAGCAAAGCCAGCACCACAGGAAGAAGCAAAGGACAUCAGUCCACUGGAAAAGAUGGAGCAGUUACUUGAACCCCACAUUACAACUGCUCAACCAAAGAUGCAGGUUGAUGGGACAGGCUUUGCAGAACAGCUGAACCUAAAUAGAGAAAAAUUCCCUCUUAAAACUGACUAUAGUUUAUCCGGUCUACAUACAGUGGAUCUGGAUUCCAGAUUUCCUGAAAAGGCAUCGUUAUACACCACUCAGAAAUGGAAUAUGACAACAUUGACACCAGAAGGUGUAGCUGUGUCAGAAAUGAGGCCGUAUGUGGAUGGAAGCACUUCUCUGAACAGGAGUGCAACUUCGGCACCAUUAGAAGAUUCAAUGCGCAAGCCAAUUAUUCAUGAUGAGUUACUGGAGAUGCAAAGCACCAAAUUAUCCACAUUAAAAGCUAGCCCUGGGGCUGAAGACCUUGCAUUGCCAAGAUACAAGGCAACCUCUCAUUACUCAUCCCAUAAGGCCACUCUUCAAGAAAAUGUACCGUCUAUAAGCAGAGAAGGAUUGCAGACAGAAAAUACAGCCACUGCAUCACAAGGAGAGAAAUCCACAAUUAUGGGAAAUCAAAAGACUUCUGAAGACUUCCUUGUCAACCGUGUUGCUCACACGGUCUCCCAUAACCAAGACAGUAGCUCAAGGCCUCCAGGAAAGAGUUUUCAGAGUCACAAGACAGUUGAGCAACUCAGACAGGACCCAGUCACUAGAAGCCCAGCUGUUUUAAAUGAAUAUAGUUCCUUGUUUGCACAGAAUGAUGUGGCAAAUAGUUUGUCGGACAAUCCAAGAGUUUCAAAUAAGGCUGUAUAUACUAGUGAUGUUCUGGACAGUAAUGAUAUUUUACCUAUGUAUCCCGUCCAUACCGCCCAAGAAACUGACAGCUUAAUAGUCAAAGGAAGUUUUCCAGAAGGCAAGGAGCUGCCAGGGAGAGGGAAUGGAGUUUUGGCCAGAUUUGAUAUCCCACACAACAGGAGGAAUAUUCCAAAUUCCUAUGGAGUGCUAAAUAUAUACGGGGAACAAAAUGUUGUACAAGACAGGUCGAUAAAAGAUACUACGGAAGUUAACUUAUCAGAAAAUAAUGAAGUUUUUCAUUAUAGGGGUUUGCCUCCAUCCCAGGGAGUUAAUUCAGGAAAUGAUACUGGCUCUCAAGAGCAUGUAAAGCUAGAGAAGGAAUCCAACUUGGAAAAGAGGUCCCUGAAAUUGCGUCGAGCCACAUCAGAAGAGGGGCAUGGUGUAACAGCAGGGGGGGCAAAAGAAAUGGGCAAAAUGGAAGGGCGGGCUCAAGCUUUGCUCAGUGGUUCUUUGUUCAAGCUAAGCAAGGUCUCUGUGCCAAAGACUCCUUCGAGAGAUGAGACUGCAGGAAAUCUUGGAGCAACCAGCCCCGGCGAAGCUUCACCACCACCAACAUCAUCUUCUCUUUUAUCAAGCUCAGUCUGGUACAGCCUAGCUCCGCAUUCCUUGAGCAGCCCUGAUUCUCAAGCAGAAAGGGUCCCUCAGAGUGGAAGCGCUCAGAGGCGAGGCAGCACAUCUCAGGAAAUGGAGGAUGUAGGGAACACUAUCACUACUCCUGGUUAUUCCAAAACGAAUACAAGCUUUGGGGACAAUGAUACAGAAACCGAAGUAGUACUUCCUCCAACUACUUUUGUGGGAGGACAGAUCACAAAAGUCGACUCUAUCCCAGAGGAGACUGCCAGCCAGAUGAAUGAGGCUGGGGUUCCUGAAACACCAGAAGCUCCAUCUAUGAGGCACGCUGACCCAGAAACCCAUUUGCAGUUGCAGCUGAAGGAAUCAGAGAUGGAGGCCAACCAGGCCUCGGCAGAAAACUCUCUGUCCCCUCACAAUAACCUGACCAUCAAUCGGACCCUUCAAGGAAAGCAGCAGCAGCAGGCUGAGGCGUCUGAUAGUGAAGGCGACUUUGCUCCCUCAGAUAGUCAAAUGCAAACAUUUAAGUGGAAGGAAAAGGAGGAAGCAGCGAGAACCCCAAUGCAGAAAUUCCUCAGAGGUGAAAGCAGGGUCCCAGGCCUCAUUCAUGUGGAGGCCUCUACGAAACCCUCUAGCUUUAACAAAUCAGAGGCCACAGAAUCCUUGAGGCUUCCUGAGUAUGAUGACUACAGCGUGGCUGAGGAGAAACAGGAAUUUGAUAUCUACGAGGAAGUUGAUCAGGAUCCACGUACUUUUGCUGGGAAAGUACGACAAUAUUACAUUGCUGCUGAGGAGGUGAUGUGGGAUUAUGGGAGCCAGAUCUCUUCUCCGUAUUUAAAAGACAAGAAUCCAAAGAACAGCUCAAAGCCUUUCAGGCAGUACAAGAAAGUGGUUUUCCGAGAGUAUCUUGACAGCUUUUUCACUCAGCCGCUGGUCCGUGGAGAGUUGGAUGAGCACUUGGGCAUCUUGGGACCGUACAUCCGGGCUCAGGCUGAUGAUGUUAUCAUGGUGACUUUUAAAAAUUUAGCAUCCCGGCCUUACAACUUCCAUUCCAACCUGCUGCCAUACAAUGGAAAAAGAGAUGAAGAGGAACAGCUCCGCCCGGCAGAAGUGCAGCCCAACCAACUCCAGAAGUACACUUUGAAAGUGCAGCGGCAAAUGGCUCCUACAGAUGAUGAGUUCGACUGCAAAGCCUGGUUGUAUUUCUCCAGCAUUAGCCUGGAGAAAGACCUGCACUCGGGUCUUAUCGGGCCUCUGAUUAUUUGCAAGCCCGGAGUACUGAGCACUGCACAUGGAAGGCAGCUGAACAUCCAGGAAUUCUCUCUACUCUUCACCAUCUUUGAUGAGACAAAGAGCUGGUAUUUUGCAGAGAACCUCGAGAGGAGUUGUCCACCCCCCUGCCACAUCCAGAUGGACGACCCUGCUUUUAAAAUAAGCAAUUCUUUCUAUGCUAUCAAUGGCUAUGUGAGAGAUACUCUGCCAGGGCUGGUGAUGGGUCAGCACCAGAGGGUCCGGUGGCAUCUAAUGAAUGUGGGCGGGGUUGAGGACAUCCACUCAGUCCACUUCCAGGGGCAGGUCUUCACCGUCAGAAUGGACAAGGAGUACCGCCAAGGAGUCUACAACCUCUAUCCUGGUGCUUUCGCAACUGUGGAAAUGCGCCCGUCCCACACUGGGAUUUGGCGGGUAGAAUGUGAGGUUGGAGAACAUGAGCAGGCUGGGAUGAGCGCCCUCUUCCUGGUCUAUGACCAGAGGUGUCAAAUUCCUCUGGGCCUAGCAUCUGGGACCAUUGCUGACUCUCAGAUCACAGCCUCAGAUCACUACGGUCUCUGGGUCCCCAGUCUGGCCAGGCUGGAUAAAUCAGGGUCAAUCAAUGCCUGGAGCACUGACCGGGGCAAUUCCUGGAUCCAGGUGGACCUCCUACAGCCAAAGAUCCUCCAUGGGAUAAAGACGCAAGGAGCCCGGCAAAAGCUCUCUACCCUCUACGUCUCUCAGUUUGUCAUCUUCCACAGCCUAGAUGGACAGAAAUGGAGAAUAUACAAGGGCAAUUCCACCAACUCCAAAAUGGUAUUCUUUGGGAAUGUGGAUGCAGCAAGUGUGAAACACAACCUCUUCGACCCACCCAUCGUAGCCCGCUAUGUCCGCCUCCACCCAACGCACUACAGCAUCCGUGUUAUGUUGCGCAUGGAGCUCAUCGGAUGUGACCUGAACAGUUGCUCCAUGCCACUGGGAAUGGAAAGCAAAGCUAUCUUCAACCAGCAGAUCUCUGCAUCCUCCUACAUCGAUAACGUGGUUUCUUCUUGGCCUCCUUUUCUGGCUCGACUUAACAUGCAGGGGAGAAAUAAUGCCUGGAGGCCUAAGACAAAUAGCCCAGAGGAAUGGCUUCAGGUGAACUUCCAGAAGACCGUGCGAGUGACUGGAAUUGUGACUCAAGGUGCAAAGAGCGCCUUCACCUACAUGUAUGUGAGGGAAUUUUCUCUCUCAAGCAGCCGGGAUGGCAAGAACUGGACUCCUGUUCUUCAAGGCGGGAAGGAGAAGAUUUUCCAAGGAAAUCAAGAUUACUUCAGCCCAGUAGUGAAUCUCCUGGAUCCCCCGCUCUUUGCUAAGUAUUUAAGAAUACACCCACUCCGCUGGAAUAAGCACAUUGCACUGAGGACAGAAUUUUGGGGCUGUGACACUCAGCAAAUGGUUUAGCAAGGAUGAACCUGCCUUUGCCUUGAUGGUGAAGUUCCCCAAGACUGGGAAUGCCCCCAAGUGGGGCUAAAUGCAACAUUUGUAAAUUGCUGACAUUCAAACAAAACGUGUAAAUUUUUGAUAACUGUGUUUGUAACUUCAGAGAAAUAAAAUUACCAAGAAAUACUACGACAACACACUUGCCAGACAUUCUUAUAGCCUGGAUUUUCUUACGACCACAGUUCUGUGCCGUCUAAUGAUACUGUAUCUUUCCUUGAGUGAUUCCACACACGCUGGAUAAUGCACUUCCAAUCCUCUUUAUAGAUCAUUUGGAACGGAUUUUUUUGUGUGCGGAACAAAAAAUCCACCUCAAACGACUGAUAAAGUGAAUUGAAAGUGCAUUAUCCAACGAGUGCGGAAUCAGCCCUUAUCUUUCUUCCUUGCUCUCUGAUUUUUCUGCUGCACUCUUAAUCUUAUUUAGUUGGUAGUCCCUAAGAAUUCAAUGGGGCUUCCAUUUGGAGAAUACAUGUGUCAAAUUAAGUUGUAGGGCAGAAGACAUGUCAUCAAUCCAAAGGGUCAGAGUUGAUAAACAAGGAGAAAUCUCUUGAACUGUAAUGUGUGAACGGAAUGGCCAAGAAAAAAACUCUUCCCUCUUCCUCUCGGUGACCUUGUAACA